CUCUCCUCAAGAGUUUGUGUAAUCGGAUUUAAUUUGUUUGAUUUAUGUUUACGACCGCUUGCUAGGACAUUUAAUUGAUUUCAUAUCCUAAAUUUCGGUGUGUUCCUCUCACACAUAGCUUCAGGAGACUCAUGAUGUCUAAUAUGAUAAUAUUAUAAUGAUAAUUAUAAUAUGUCUAAUAUUAUACGAUACUUUAUUGAGAUUUGGAGCAUGACAGGCCUAACCAGUUAGCAUUGUAUGGAAAAGGAGCAGCUUGGACAUUCUGCUAAAUGUAUUUUGUGUUCACAGAAGAAAGUAAACCGAGUUUGGAGCAACAUGAGGAAAGGAAACUGUGGCGCUGCUGGAGGCCUGACUGACUCUGUCCUGAUCCUCCAUUCUAGACAGACAAUAGCAAUGGAUCCAGAAUGAAGCAUCAAGAACCAUCAAACUGUUCAGGUUAAACUUAAAAGAGCAACCAUCUAGGAGACAACUAAACCAAAAGUGAAGACCUGCUGAUCAUCACCUGCAACAAGAUGUUGGUGCGAGUAGUUUUAUUUUUCUGUCUGCUAUCUUUGAAACCAGCAGCUACUGAAGAGGGUCUUGGUGGUAAAAUGCUUGUGUUUCCAACCAAGUCUGAUUCCAGCUACGUUAAACUCACUCCUAAAAAGCCACUGAGUCUUUCAGCAUUUACUCUCUGCAUGCGUGUCGCGACGGAGCUCCAAGGCGAUAAGUCAAUCAUUCUCUUUACCUACCGCACGCCUGAUGUUGAUGAAAUCAAUGUGUGGAAAUUGACAGAUGGUCGUUUGACCUUGCAUAUUCAGUCUAGUGAAGAUGGAGCAUUUUUCAGUGUGCCUCCCCUCUCCGCCUUCCAGACCCACCUGUGCAUCACUUGGGAUGCUGCGACUGGUCUUACUGCCUUUUGGGUGGAUGGACGUCGCAGUCUGUACCAGUUGUAUAGAACAGGCUACUCAAUCCGUCCUGGCGGCACCGUUCUCCUCGGCCAAGACUGUGAUAAUUAUGUGGGUGGCUUUGAUGCAGAGCAAAGCUUUGUGGGAGAAGUUUCAGAUGUGCAAAUGUGGGAUCAUGUUCUCUCUGGCAGUGAGAUUAGGGAGGUUUAUUCAAACCAGGAAUCGCAUGUGCCGAAGGGGAACGUGUUUGACUGGAACACCAUCAAAUAUGAGAUUAUUGGAAAUGUGUUGGUGGCUCAAAAUAACUGA